AUCGAAAUGGAAAAUAGAUUCAAAACCACAUUAUAUAAUGCUAUUAAUUGAAUUAUUUUAAUUAGUCCCAUGUCGUGAUGGCUAGAAUAACAGAUUUUGACUCUGAGCUUCAGAAAUUUCUGGAAAGAUUUUGUAACGAUUUCAGAAUGAGCUCAUCACAUUAAGCCUAGAAGAGAGAAAAGAGAAUUAAAAUUAAAAAAAAGUAAAGUAACAUCUAAUGAUUUUCUUAUUGUGAACUGUUCCAAAGGAUGAUAGAAUUCAAGAUCUUAAUGCCAAUAAUACAUACUUCAAUCCCAGGCCAUUCCAAGUCCUACCCGUCAAUUCUAGAGUUACUUUCAUUAGUGACUGUGUUGUAGAUGAUUAUCACACAGGAUUGGCUGAUAUUUUGAUUCUACCGGAGCUGGCACCUGUUGCUUCUCAUCAGUCCCAGACUGAGACAGAGAAGAACGAGAGGGGCAGCUCGAGACCUCAGCACCACAUAAAAUCAGGACUUUUAUAUAGAACUGCCUUACUUCUGAAAGAUAUCAAAUCUAACAUGGAGGAAGACAUUUUCAAAUCAGUCGAGGAAGAUCUCGCGGAUGCAAUACAAGAAAUAGUACCUCAAGAAAAGCCCCUGCUAAAUCAAGAUGUUCCUAUAUUGAAGAAAAGUAAAAAGAUCAGUGAAAAAUCAGACGACACAGAAAAGGAAGAAGAUGAGUUACAAAUUGAGGAAGUAAAGGCAGAAAAAUAUAAGGGUGCACAUGAUAGACAAAUGGCCAGACAAAAAUCAAGUACUGAAGCACAAAAGGAUAGAAAACUGAGCAGUAAGAAGCCAGAGGAAGUGAAGUUGCAAAAAGAGGCUAUUGAAAGAAUUCAAGCAAAGCAGAUUGCUGAAGAGGACCCUUGGGCACAAAUCACCUUAAAUCGAUGCAUUAUAAUUGCUGCAGCAUUUGUGGUGUUCAGCAUGGGUGUCCAGUUGAUUGUAGAUGGUUGUCUCACACAGACUACUUUCACAGGUGUUUUUGAAGUAGACGAUAUGUUGGUGUAUUCUGACAGUGACUUUCUUGAUAAUGAAGAUUUGAAAUUGGCAGAAAGGACUAUGCUAGAGGAUCAGAUAGCGAUCACAGAAACUGAGAAAGCCAUCAAUGAACUUGAGAAGAAGUUUCCUCCUCAAACUCCUGUCAGAACAGAUUUGAAAAAGACAUGUACCACCCUGAAAGGAAAGCCAGGAGGCUGCAAGGUUGAGGCAGUUGAUAAAAAACAGAUCUCUGCGUACAUUAAGGAGAUCAAAAGCAUUAAAAGUGGAUAUAAGCCAAAAGAUAAAGACUCAGAAACCAGGUCCAGUAAGGACAGAAAAGAUCACAAGCCUGAAUUUGAAAAGAAAGAUGAUAAGUACUUCAAAAAGGAACACAAGGAGGAAAAACACAGGGGCCACCAGGGCUAUCAAGAGCAGCACUUCAAAGAAGGUGAUGGCAAGAAGCUUUCCAAGGGCAAAGAAGAGGGAUGCGAUAAGGGGAGUAAAUUUAAUCAGGUCGAUUUUCCAAGAAGACAUGAGAAAAAUGUGAAACAAGGAACAUACAACAAACACCAAGGCCAUUAUAAAGACUUUGAGAAGCACAAGUAUUUCAUUAAGCAAGAUGACAACAAAAAACAUGAUUAUAAAGUGCACAAAGAAUAUAGUAAGUACAGAGUAUUCAAACGCAGUAAGCAUUAUGGAGGUGAAAGCAUUUACAAGAAGGGUGGCAUGGGAAAACACUUCGGUAAAAAUAAAUUCAAAGAAAGUAGAAAACAUGACUAAUUAGGUUCAAGUUCCAACCUAGAUGUAUUUGUGAUGAGUUGCAAUGACUAGAAAAUAUUUCCACCUUGUGUGAAAUGACUAAACAGAAAUGUUAGUUUAUAUCAGUGAAGUGCAAUGUUUCUAAAUAAAAGUACAGCUAUUAUUGCACCAAA